UUAGGCGCGUGAUGAUGACGAGUCGGCUGUUGUGGCUCUGCCUUUUGGUGGCCAUAGUUCCAGCUAUGGCCAAGCCAUCGGAUGCGGGUGAUCCCUUUGCCGACGACUUGACUUCGGAUUACGCGAAGAAAAUCAUCGUGCAAGCGAAAGUGGCCGAAAUGAAGACAAUGAUGAAGCCAGAGGUCUCGCCCUGCGACGACUUCUACACCCAUGCCUGUGGAAACUGGCAUCGCCACAAUCCCGCCCAGCUAUUGGGCGACGUUAUGACCGACAACUUUCAAUUAAUAUCCAAGGGAUUCGAUCGACGCCUCCAGCGGCUGCUGCGCGCCAAUGACCUGCAAUCCGAGCUGGAAAAGAAGAUGCAGCGUUUCUACAUGUCCUGCAAUCUGGUGCACCGCGAUGAUGUGCACUACAAGUUGGCCCUGGAGAACGUCAUCGGGGAGUACGGAGCACUCCCGGCCAUGGUUGGGGCCCAGUGGAACUCCUCCGACUUCAGUUGGUGGCGAACAGUGGCCCAGAUACAGCACAAAUACGGAAAACAGAUCAUCCUGGGCCUGGAGAUCAUGCACGAUAUCCGGAACACAUCGGUGAACCGCGUAUACAUAAGUCAGCCAGAUUUUAAGACGAUUAACACACGCUUAACGAAUCUAAUAGAGGAGGUACGCACAUCCAUGGAUCUGCAGCAAUACUUCGGUCUGAGUCCCAGCGUUGCAAAACACACGGCCGAGCAGCUCACUGAGUUGGAGAGAACUUUCUCGUCCGGUGGCUCUGGUGCAGCGACUCUGCAGGAAUCACUCUCCCUCUAUACGGUAGCCGAUCUUCAAGAGAAGUACAGCGACCAUCUAAAUUUCACCGAAUUCCUGGCCCUGAUCCUCGGCGAGGAAAACAUACCAAAGUCGUUGUACAUCUAUGAUGAGGAGUACCUGGACAAAGCACUUCUGACCAUGCGGAGCACACCGCUGGCCACACAGGCAAACUACGUUCUGUGGAAGCUGCUCGAGGACUUCCUGGUGGACGCCCAGCCCAAGGACAUGGUUAAAUGGUGCACCGAAUCGACUAAGAAGUACUUCGGAAAGCUCGCCGAGCACGCAGUUUACAAGCGAUAUCGCAACCCGGACGUGGAGUCGGAAGUUCACAAGAUCUGGGAUCAGAUCAAAGGAAUCUUCAGGCAUCGGCUGUUGGGAGACAAACUGGACUGGAUAUCCAAUGCCACCAGGACGUUGGCCAUCGAAAAGCUAGAACGUAUGCAGCUGAACAUCAACUCCUACGACGAGGAGAACUUUGAGAAUGUGUAUGGAGAGGUGUCCAUCGAUCGCCUCAAUUACGUUCCAAAUGUUCAGCAGCUGCUCAUUGCCAAGGGCAUCAGAUUUGUGGCAAGGAUUAAUCAGCCGGCAGACUCCGUAGAUGCCACAGAGCUACUCGGGUUUACUCCCGCCUACAACAUUCAGGAGAACAACAUCACGAUCCCGGUGGCCCUGCUGCAGCCACGAUAUUUCUGGGGUGACCAGUAUCCGGAGGCAUUGAAGUACGCCACUCUGGGCUACCUCCUCGCCCACGAGAUGCUACACGGCUUCGACGACGAUGGAAGGCAGUACGAUGCGUCUGGUAACCUGGCGCCCUGGUGGGACUUGAAAUCCCGCUACGAGUUUGAGGAACGGCGCAAGUGCUUCCAGGCCCAGUAUCACGAGUACCAAUACGGUGGAAAAAAGCUGCCGGAGAGCAAGGAUCAGUCGGAGAACAUAGCGGAUAGUGGAGGCCUUAAGUUGGCCUACGCCGCCUACGAGUUGUGGCUGGGUCAGCAAUCCGAGGAGGUGCUUCAGCGAGAAACCAUGGAGGGUCUGCCCUUCAACAGUCGCCAGCUUUUCUUCUUGGGAUACGCACAAUUGUUGUGUGACGACGUCCAGUUUCUGUUCCAGCCCUGGGUGAGUCAAUCGGACAGGCAUGCACCCAGCAAGUACCGGGUGAUUGGACCACUGUCCAAUUUCCAGGAGUUCCCCUGGGUCUUCAACUGCUCGCAAUCGGCGCCCAUGGAUCCGGAGUACAAGUGCGCCAUCUAUUGAUUCAUUUGUUAUUUAACUAAGUUUGCUUUAAUGUUGUUUAACUUGGUAAGCUUGGUAACUUGGUAAAAAUAAACAAACAAAUAUAAUAGCA